GACAAUAUAUAAUAAAAAUAUGUUUAUAAUUAUUUUAUUAUCAACAAAUAUAUUUUAAUUACAUAGUGUUUACAAUUAUUUUAUCAAAUCCCGUUUUUAAAUCUAGUGUGGGUCAAAGACUUUUAGAAAUUGUGAACAAGCAUCUUAAACACAAACAGUUUUAACCGCGGUCAACAGACAUUCGAGGAGCUGGAUGAAUAAUGAUUUCAGCAGAGAAUUGGAUGAAUGAAAAGCAAACACUACGUUUGAAAUAUUUACUAAAAUCAGAACGCCUUAAAACCUUUAUUAAAUGGCCAUUUAGUGACGAUUCUAACUGUUCAGCUGAAAAGAUGGCUGAAGCUGGAUUUUAUAUGCCAGAUGUAAAGCAAUAUGAUUUAGCAGUAUGCUUCGUUUGCAAUAAGGAACUAGAUGGAUGGGAAGAAUCGGAUGAUCCUUGGAAAGAGCACAAAAAACAUUCUUCUAAUUGCUGUUUAUCUCGAAAGGGGUGGAAGUACUCAGAAUUAACGGAAUCUCAGACGGAGACCAUUAUCCAAACCUUACUUCAGGAAUGUUUAGAAGAAUUUGUAAAAAGCUUAAGUGACAAAAGAUCAGAAAGUUUUGCACGUAAAUUUGAAAAAAAUAAAAAAACAGUGAAGAAAAGAAUAGCAAAUUGAAUCUAAAUAUUAAAAUGAAGAGUACAUGUUUUAUGGAAUAAUCUGAAUAGUUAUUGAAGAGUACUAUCAGAGUGCU